CUCUUACUCCGCCUGUCUCUCUGCAGCCUCCAGGAGAUCUGCUCCGCUCUUCUAGCCUCCGGAAUCAUGUGGAUGACACCUAAGAGAAGCAAAAUGGAAGUCGAGGAGGCUCGGGGGUUCCGGCCCGAGUGGACCCAGCGUUAUUUGGUGGUGGAGCCUCCGGAGGGCGAAGGGGCCCUCUGCCUGGUCUGCGCCCACCUCGUCGUAUCCGCUUGCGAACGCGACGUCAGGCGCCACUACGAGGCCGAGCACAGGUACUACCAGCGGUAUGUGGAGGAGGGCGAGCGCGAGGCCCUGGUGGAGCGCCUGCGGCAGGGCGACAUCCCCGAGAUCGUCCCGCCCACUCCCGAGGAGAGAGCGGCGCGUGCAGGCCUCGGGAUCGCCCGCCUCUUGGCCUUGAGGGGUCGCGGCGGGGGUGAGGGGGACUUUGUAUACCAGUGCCUGGAGGUGAUGCUGAAUGAUGUGCUGCCGGAUCACGUAGGCGUUUUGGGUGGCAUUGAUUUAUCUCCAGAGACCAUCCGGCAGAGGGUCCUGAACAUGAACGAAAAUCUGCGCAGUCAGCUUUUUAACCGAGCCAAGGACUUUAGAGCCUAUUCCCUUGCCUUGGAUGACCAGGCUUUCGUGGCCUAUGAGAACUACCUCCUGGUUUUUGUCCGCGGCGUGGACGUGGACUUGGAGGUGCAAGAAGAGCUUCUGACCAUAAUCAACCUGACUAAUCACUUCAGUGUCGGUGCUCUCAUGGCGGCAAUCCUUGAGGCCCUGCAGACGGCAGGGCUUAGCUUGCAGCGAAUGGUUGGACUGACCACAACCCACACUCUGAGGAUGAUUGGUGAGAACUCUGGACUGGUGUCGUACAUGAGAGAAAAGGCUGUAAGCCCCAACUGUUGGAAUGUCAUCCAUUAUUCGGGAUUCCUUCACUUGGAACUGUUGAGCUCCUACGAUGUAGAUGUUAAUCAGGUCAUAAGUACCGUAUCUGACUGGAUACUUUUGAUUAAGACAAGAGGCAUCAGGCGACCCGAAUUUCAGGCUUUACUAACUUCAUCUGAAUCAGAGCAUGGCGAAAGGGUGAAUGGACGGUGUCUGAACAAUUGGCUAAGAAGAGGGAAGACUUUAAAACUAAUAUUUUCAUUAAGGAAAGAGAUAGAAGCCUUCUUGGCUUCGGUAGGGGCAACAACAGUCCAUUUCUCAGACCCAGAGUGGCUUUGUGAUUUUGGCUUCUUGGUGGAUAUUAUGAACCACCUCCGAGAACUCAGUGAACUGCUGCGAUUCAAUAGAGUCUUUGCUGCUACUGCAUUUGACCAUAUUUGUAGCUUUGAUGCUAAGUUGAAUUUACUGCACAGACAUAUUGAGGAAAAAAAUCUAACACACUUUGCUGCCUUGAGAGAAGUCGUUGAUGAGCUUAAACAGCAUAUUAAAGAAGAAGAUAAGAUACUUGAUCCGGGGAGGUAUAAAGUGGUGAUCUGUCGCCUGCAAAAAGAAUUUGAUAGACAUUUCAAGGACCUCAAGUUCAUUAAAAAGGACUUGGAACUGUUUGCAAAUCCGUUUAACUUUAAAGCUGAACAUGCACCUAUUGCAGUAAGGAUGGAGCUAACAAAACUUCAAGCAAAUUCUGACCUUUGGGAGGAAUACAGAAACAAAGACCUGGGGCAGUUCUAUGCUGGAUUGUCUGCUGAAACCUACCCGAUUAUCAAAGGGGUUGCCUAUAAGGUGGCAUCCUUGUUUGAUAGUAGUGAAAUCUGCGAAAAGGCUUUUUCAUAUUUGGUUAGAAACCAACACACUUUGAGCCAGCCGUUGACAGAUGAGCAUCUCCACGCCCUGUUUAGGAUCGCCACAACUGAAAUGGAGCCACAUUGGGAUGCUCUUGUGAGAGCAAGAAAUCCGCCUAAUCCAUAAGCUUUUGUGGUACGACAUUGAAAUACUCAACGAGAAUCCAGUCCUAAAAGCAAAAAUUUUGAUUUUUCGAGUUUACUCCUUUGGAGCGUGAGAAAGCACUAAGUUUAUUCAUUUAAGUUGAUAACAAUUGAGAUUCUUCUGACUUUUUUUUUUUUUUUCAUCUCAAGGGGCAGCAUGGACUAGAACAUGCAAACACCUCUUUUCAAACUUAAUGUCAAAGUCAUUGUCUUUUGCUUUUAUGACAUAAUUGUGUUUAAAGAAGUUUAGUACUGAUGAUGUGAGUUGACUUUGGAGUCUGUUUUUAAGGUGUUUUGAAGAAAUUUUAGGUCAUAUUUUAAUGAAAUGUUAAAAUUCUGAUGCAUAUAGUCUAAAAUUAUUAUCUCCUUCAUUGUAUGUUUGAGCCUAUUUGCAGAAAUUCACGUAGCAAGUUCAGAAGUUUCUGAAAAGGAAGAACAUACAUUCAAUGGAGGUACUUGACUAUCAAAAUGUUUGAAACUUUUAAAAAUCAUUUGUGAGUCAGGGGUAAAUAUUGGCAGAUUUCCUCCCUCUUACCUCUUCCCUAUCCACCACAGUAAUAAUGAUAUUCCUAAUAGAGGAAAUAAUCAAAUAAAAUUUUAGGAGCAAGAAUUAUUUUUAAAUUGCUAAUUAGAAGGCUUCUUGCAAUUUGGAGGUCAGACUAACCAAUUAUUGGAGGUUUCCCCUGAAUUUUUCACAAUUGGGUGCUGUUUUACUAGCUCACCUAUUAAAGGACUAUGGUAAGUAUAGAAUUUUAAUGAUUACCCAUUAGUAAUGCUUUUUUUUCUAUUGUAGACAUAUGUUUGGCCCUGUCAAGAAGGAUAAAGCAAAAAUAUUUUUGCACUCCAGGAUCAGGAGGUGUGAGAUACUUUAGCUUCUUUGUCCUAUCUGCAUGGGUGUUACUGCUUUAUAAAGAAAUCCUGCUUAAAGGAAACUUUUUACUUUAUAGUGAUAUACCAGAUUUUGUUAGCUGAUAGAAGUGCAUUUAUUAGAGAUUUUGAAGCUGCUUCACAUUCUGUAUUUAAGACAGUGCACAAGUAGAAAUAUUUAACUCAAGAAGCAGCUUUAUUCAGAUUUUAGGAAUUUCAUAUUUCUAGUGAGCCAUCUGCUUUGUGCUAAAACAGUAAUUUUCAAACUUAUGUUAACUAUGAAAAGGAAAUUGUACAGUAAAGCCAAAUAUGUAAAAUGACUUCAAAACAGGACCCAGUUUAUAGAUCCAUAUUUGAAAACGUGUGCUAAAGUCCUGUCUUAACUAUUGUUACACAUUAUUCUAUGGUCAUUAGUCAGCAAAUUCAAGGAACCAGGAUACAACUAGGAAUUGAAAAGGAAUUGAUGCCUCAGCAAUCAAAAUAGUGCCAAAAGAACCAACUUGUGCAAGUGGUUCUCAAUCAGAGGCAGUCAACUCUCCAGAGGAUGUUGGGACAUACAGGGGAUUUUUUUUGGUUGUCCUAUUUGGUGGGCGUUUCUGCUGGCAUUUAAGUGCAUAGGUCAACCUGGCACAGGAAUUAUCAUUCCUCUCAAAGUGCCAGUAGGACCCCCCAAUGUAGAUUAUUAUUUUAUUUUGAGGGACAGGGAAAAUUACCGGUAGAAACAAAAUUAGAAGAACAAGUUGGACAAACUUGAUAGGGGAGACUACUUCCAACAUUCUGAGUUUGGCUGGUAAGGUAAAAGCCUCGACAUGUUCCGGUAGCUCACAGUAGCAUUUAUAAAUCUGUAAUUGAUACUGAACCAGAUUAAAGGACUCUAUUCUGUUAUAUAUAAUUCAUUGAGGGUAGAAAAGCAAGUGUUAUAACAAGAUGCUUGUCAAGAAUGGUCAAGUUGAGAUUUUGGUAAACAGAGUAGGCUUAAAACAACACAGUGAAAAUCCAACAAAACAAAAAAAAUCUACCAGUAAUUUCCCAAUAGUUUGGAGUAUUCUCUUUCACAGCAAGUGCUUUAUUGAAAGAAUGAUUAGAAUACCUGAAAGCUGCUUCUGCUUUCUAACCUGGUUCCUCAAAUAUUGAAGUCUUGUACAUUUUGUGAAGUUCUAGUAUAUAUUUUGCUUACAGUAAUAAUAAAAUUAGUUUGCAUCGUAUAGUCAUUGAGUGGGUGGGGAGGGGAGAUAUAAGGAAAGGAUUUUAAAUUGACCAUGAGUAAUAGAGAAUUUGCUAUAAACUAGUCUUGUUUGUAGAAGAAAAAUGUGUAUUUUACUGUUUUCUGUGUUAAGUAAUUCUGUUACUGCAUGGCAGGUUUUUUUAAAAUAUUUUUUAUAAAGUAGUUGUUACUGGUCUGUCGUGUCAGUGAAUACAGUUAAAAUAAGUACUAUUUUUUAAAGAAACUUAACGUCUCUAUAUUUCCCAUUUCUACUAGUUUUCUUAAACGAUUUGUCUGUAUUCCUGUUGUCCCACAUUGCCACUCAAACUGCUCAAUCAAGCUCACAAAGUUUUUGUGAAUAUUCUUACCCUCUGAUACCACCACCACCGACCACUCCUUGAAGUAGAUGUUUACUUGACUUCGGGGAGAUACCGUCUCCAGGUAUGCUUGCUCAGUCUUCUUUGCAGGUACCUCUUUCCCUUAAAUAUCUGUGUUCUUGGGAUAGUUAAGUUUUCUUAUUCUACAUCAUCUUAACUGAUCCCAUUUCCUUUCAUGGUUUCAAGUAUCACCUAUAUGCAAAUGAUUCCCAAGUUUAUAUCUCCUUUCUAAGCCUUUCCUAACUCAUAUAUCUAAUUGCCAACUUAGGUCCAUUUUGCUGUCUCAGGGCAGCACAGUAAGUAUGUCAUUGAUCUUGCCCCUAAACCUGCUUCUGUCAUGUUUCCCCUUUUGGUAAGUGGUACCACCACUACCACCCAUUCAGUUGCCCUUGCCUAAGCUAAAACCUGAGUUAUCCAUGAGUUUCCCUCUUUAUACAUCAUAACGUUCACAAAAACCUUUCUGUUCAAGUCCACCGUCUAAAUUUUUCUUAAUUCUCCAGUGCUACUCUUCUAAUUCAGGCCAUCAACCUACCUAAAUGAUAACAACAGCCUCCUCAUUAGCCUCCCUUCCUCUGGUUUUGAUCCCUUUCCACACUGCAGCCAGACUGUUCCAAAAGGCAUAUCUGGUCAUAUCACUCCACUGCUUUCACCAUUGCUCUGAAGGAUAAGGUACAUUUCUGUUCAUCUUUCAGUUCUCACUUUAUAUACCACUUCCUCUAGGAAGCCUUCAUUGAUGCCCACUAGACUAUGUACCCUUUCUACGCCCUCCCUAAAUACCCUUUUUUUCCCCCAGCCAUAUACUUAACACACUUAAUUGUUACUUGUUAUUAAUCACUGCUAUACUGUAAGCUUUAUACGGGCAGGGACAUCAUGCCUUGCUCAGUGUUAUAUCUGUAGUGAUUAGCACAAUGCCUGGUGUUUCAAUAAAUGUUUGAAU